GAACAGAUGUUGUCAUUGUUAAAAAUGGCAGAAGAAUAUGUGGCACAGGAGGCUGCUUAGCCAAUGCGCCUUUGCAUCAGAACAAGAGCUAUUUUGAGUUUAAAAUCCAGUCCACAGGGAUUUGGGGUAUUGGAGUUGCAACCCAGAAAGCAAACUUGAAUCAAAUUCCACUUGGUCGAGAUGUCCAUAGCCUGGUGAUGAGAAACGAUGGAGCUCUCUACUAUAACAAUGAGGAGAAAAACAGACUACCAGCAAACAGCCUUCCUCAGGAGGGUGAUGUGGUGGGCAUUACAUAUGACCACGUAGAAUUAAAUGUAUAUUUAAAUGGGAAGAACAUGCAUUGUCCAGCUUCAGGAAUCCGAGGGACUGUCUAUCCAGUGGUCUAUGUUGAUGACAGUGCCAUUCUGGAUUGUCAGUUCAGUGAAUUUUAUCAUACACCUCCACCAGGGUUUGAAAAGAUCCUCUUUGAGCAGCAAAUCUUCUGAAUGUCUUCAUACCGAAAAAUUGCACCCUGCACUGUUACAAAAGCUUUGUCAUCUUAAAUAAAGCUUCACUUUACUUUUAGGAAACAUAUCUGUAUUUUUAGUAAGUACUUGUGAUUUGUCUGCAGAAUUAAUAUGUUAACUGCAACACCAGGUAACUUGCAAAUAUGAGAUUUCUGGCAACGUUUUGUGGUUGAAAAUGAGUGUUUUGGGGCAGGGUUUUUCUCUGAUUUGUACUUGAUGCAUAAGGAGACUAAGGGAUGAUAUUGUCAUCAGUAUUACAUUCAGUAUUUUGAAUAAACUGGAGCUUUAUAAAGCAAAUAGUUCUUAUGCAUAUGAUAGCUAUGGAGAUAGAUAGCUCUGGUGAGUUUUUCCCCAACUUUUUUCACACAGGAGUUAUGUACUUUGUUUAAAGGAAGCACUGUGUUUCUAGUCUGUGACUUGGAGUUGUGGUGUCCCAGUUGUGCACGAUGACUGCCAACACGAUGGCUUAACUAGCAGCUAGAUACUUUUUUUUGGAAGGUGUAAUUUAAUCCAUUCCCUCAGUCUUAGACUGGCAAAUAUAACUUAUCUACUUCUCCUCGCUUUUCAUUUGCUGUUAUUGUGAC